GAAAAGCUCUGGAAUAACUCCAGCUACGCUCGUUCUCCUUCUUGCUCAUUCCUCUUUGGAAUUUCGGUUCUAUAGGUACGUGAGCCAGCAUUCCUUUCUUUCCACCCGCCCUAGAAUCCGGCAUUCCCCCAGUGAUGCGCACCGAGGAACCCUGCAAAACAUUUGCCUCCUCCCCCAUGGGUGGAAGGGAAACAACAUCAUGAUUGACAUCUCAUUCUUCACAGUGCUGCCGGUUCCACUGUCACUGGGUACUAUCUUCAACCACUCUUUAUUCCACUUCUUCUAUCUAUACAGCUCGCUCAACCCAACAAGUUCGCCUUUCAAGUGUGUUCCUGAGUAUUUUGACCUGGAUAAGGAUGCUUACUGGGCUGUCUCUGUCCUAAACACUGGUCGUCGGUGACCUCUGCGUCCGACGAGGUUGAUUUAUCGACCGCUUUUGCUUCUAUAAUUAUAUACUUAGAACAAGACAUGGAUCAAAUGAAGCCCCAUAUUGCGCCUUUGAAGAUCGAAAAAAUAAAUUCUAACCUGAACACCGCCUCGAAUCGCUUCCAUUCGCCUCAGAACGAGCGUCAGAUUACUCCCCCAUUGACGCCACGCAGCACCGCCCACGACGGCAUUAUGGAUCGUUCGGAACCACCUAGGCCGGUGUUUCACAACUAUCUCCGUGCUUUCUAUCCUUUCCACCCUGCGGGAGAUGUUUCUCCCUCUACAGUAACUCUACCGCUGGAUCAAGGCGAUAUCAUCUUGGUGCAUUCUGUUCACACCAAUGGCUGGGCCGAUGGCACUCUUCUGGACACAGGCGCUCGGGGCUGGCUACCCACGAACUAUUGCGAGGCGUACGACCAGCUCCCUAUGCGCCAUCUCCUAAAGGCAUUGACUGACUUUUGGGAUAUUAUUCGUGGGGGUUGCGGAACCCCCUUGGUAGACUUUGGCAACCAGGACCUUGUAAGAGGGUUGAUUGCUGGAGUCCGAUUUCUUUUGGAUAAAUCCGAGUGUCUGACACGUGACUCUCCUUUGGUGAAGAGCCAGGAUGGUCUACGACGCCAUCGCAAGGCUCUCUUGGCUGACCUCUCCUCGCUAGUAAGGACGACGAAAAAAUUCCAGGAGAUCGCCAGCGGACAGGCCAUGGAAGAUGAAGUCGAGUACAUGGUCGAUGAGAUGCUGCUUAAAGGCUUUAGCAUCGUAACUCGCGGCGUUCGCUUCCUCGAUGUCUGGAACGAGGAAGUUGGUCUGAGCAGGACCAUUGCCGAACUCGAGCAGCAACAGCAAUCUGCUCACAAUGAUAUCCCACCGACCCCGGGGUCUGAGACCUUUCCGAUGUCCGAUGGAACUCCCUCCGAAGUUGGCACAGAGCGGAAUGAGUCCAGGCUCUUGAACCGUAGUCGAAUGGAUAUGAGUCGGGCAUCAACCCGGAUAGAAACGUUUGACGCGCAGCAGCAGCAGCAGCAGCAGCAGCAGCCCCGCCCUAUGUCGAUGACAACCAAACGCAUCUCUGUUUCUCACCGAGUAUCUUACACCGGCCCUGCCGCCGCCGCGGCUCGAAACCCAAACCUCGCCUCUGAACGCCUUACUGCCACAUACGAUGAGUUCCUCGGAGUCCUCGGCUCUUUUAUUGGCCUCCAUCUGCAAUCCCGCUCCUCAGCGGAACUGGUUGUGACCACGGAGCAAGCUGUACGAUCGUGUCGCGGCCUGCUGACGGUUAUUGAAGCGGUUUGUGAGCAUGAUCCACAAGGAUGUGAUCUUCUCGAGCAAGCCCGCGACACCAUGUAUGAACGCCUGUCCGAACUCGUCUUUGCUGCCCGUGAUGCCUUUCGACCGGCUCAGUCGCCGGAUGAUGAGCUAGUUUUUAUGCCCGAUGAAGGCAAGCGUCUCGUGGAUGCAGCUACUGAUUGCGUGCGGGCAGCUGGGAAUUGCAUGGCCAAAGCACGCCUUGUGCUGGAGCAGUGCGGGGACUUUGAGCUCGAGGCCCUCCCCCAGGAUCCUGUCAUUACUCUGAAUAGCACUUUACCCGAUGAGAAGGCUACCCCACAGCCACAGCGGACACCCGAUGUGGCGGGCGAGCAAACUCGACCCCAGGACCUUCGGCUGCCCCCACCUCCUCUCAAAAUCCCUCAGUCCAACACCCACUCCUCUCCCUCCACCCCAGGCCUCACCGAUGAUGCUACUCCCUCUUCCUUCCAAUCGCGGGGCGGUGCCAUUACUCCUGCUACCGCUGCUACCGAGCAAUCCUCUUUCCGAUCCUCCAUGUUGUCUUCCAGCUUCGAGAAGCCGUCCUUCCAUUCCUCCCCACUGGAUGUUAUUGCUCCUGCAGAUUCCUUCCAUCGCAACAGUCAACCCAAGUCCGAGGUCAGUGAGUCAUUUGGCCGCGGCAUAACGAGCAACGGAAGCAGCUUCACUUACAAUAGCCAUCUCCGUGACUCGGAAAUGAGUGGAGUGUCUCAGACCUCUACCCGGGCUACCUCCCCUGACAUUUGCAGUCACUCCCAGGUUCCGUCUCUCAAAGGUAGUGUGAGCCACUCAACUUUGGCUGAGGAGAGUGAGGAGACGGAGGCCAAUCUGUUGGAAAAGACUUAUGCCCAUGAAUUGAUCUUCAAGGAUGGUCAGGUGAUGGGUGGCAGUCUACGGGCCUUGGUUGAGAAGCUCACAGCGCAUCAGUCGACUCCAGACGCCAUGUUUGUCUCGACUUUCUAUCUUACAUUCCGUCUCUUUGCUACUCCGAUGGAGUUUGCGGAGGCAUUGGUUGACCGGUUCAACUACAUUGGGGAUACCCGACACGCCGCUGGCCCGGUCCGCCUGCGCGUGUAUAACGUAUUCAAGGGCUGGCUGGAAUCUCACUGGCGCCAUGACUGUGAUAUGACAGCUUUGGAAUUCAUCGUUGAUUUUUCGAGCACCAGUUUGAUGCAAAAUCUGCCUACGGCGGCCCGACGCUUACUGGAGUUGGCUGAGAAGGUUUCUCAGCUACAUGGGCCAGUAGUACCUCGUCUUGUGUCCUCGAUGGGCAAGACGAACACGGCGACGGCCCAGUAUAUUCACCCCGAUACUCCGCUUCCUGCCCCCAUGCUGGGCAAGAAAGAGCUCAACCUUCUCAAGCAGUGGAAGAACGGGGAGGCUAGCAUCACCAUUCUCGAUUUUGAUCCAAUGGAACUGGCACGGCAAUUCACUAUUAAAGAGUCUCGGAUCUUCUGCACCAUUCUUCCUGAGGAGCUGUUGGCGACGGAAUGGAUGAAGAAGAGCGGCUCACUGGCAGUCAACGUACGUGCGAUGUCCACUCUUUCCACAGAUCUAGCACACUUGGUUGCGGACUCGAUACUGCAGCUGGAAGAGCCCAAAAAGCGGGCUGCUAUUAUAAAGCAUUGGGUCAAGAUUGCCAACAAAUGUCUGGAGUUGAACAACUACGACUCUCUGAUGGCAAUUAUCUGCUCUCUGAACUCGUCGAUGAUCUCCCGGCUCAAGCGCACCUGGGAGAUUGUCUCACACAAGACUAAGGCCACGCUCGAGACGCUCCGGAACAUUGUCGAUGUAUCGCGAAACUAUGCUGUGCUGCGUCAGCGUCUGCAGGGUCAUGUCCCGCCCUGCCUGCCGUUUGUCGGCACCUACCUCACCGACCUCACCUUUGUCGACCAUGGCAACCAAGCCCUCCGCAGCCUCCCUACGGAUGACGGCGAGAUGGCCGUCAUCAACUUUGACAAACACGUCAAAACUGCGCGCAUCAUCAGCGAGCUCCAACGUUUUCAGAUCCCAUACCGCCUUACCGAGGUACCGGAACUGCAAGCGUGGAUGCAGAACGAGUUGGUGCGAGUGCGCUCUAACGGCGAGAAGAGUCUGCAAACCUUCUACCGCCGGUCGCUGGUGCUGGAGCCUCGAGAAGCGCCCCAGCCACGCGCCCCCCUACAAACGACGGAGUCGAGCUCCUCGUCGAUCCUCGAGAACGCGAAAGAUAAAUUUGAUUUCUUAUCCUGGACGAAUACCUCGAAGCCCAAGUCGGUCGCAACCAACGGUUGAGCUGAACCGUCCAAUCUUUCACACUAUUUUAUCACGACUGAUGACGUUGCUUUCUUUUCAUGUCUUAACGGCGCUAUCUAUCCCCCCCUUUUGUCUUUAUCAAAACCCAGGUUUACCUGCCACCAUCUCUUCUUGGAUAUUUUUUUUUUUCUCCUCACAUUUUUGCCUUCUUUGUGGAUACCUUUUCUAGCUACCGGCGGCGUCAUGUUUUAUCUUUUUUUUUUUUUUUUUUUU